ACGCGGGGUGCUGCGCUGCUCCAAGGCCCCGCGGCCAUCGCUGCUCCAGCGGCCGCCGCCUCAGCAGCCCGGGGCCACGGAGCCAGGAGGCGGACGGAGGAAAGGGGCGUAUUUAGUGCCCUUCCCCCCACCCCCCGUCCCCAGUCGACCUCCUCCCGGGAGCUUGCGGGUCCACUAAGAACCCUAUAGUAGCUCUGGAGUGAGCCCCUGCCUCCUGGAGGAGUUGAUCCUGCCCAAAUCCCUGAGGCCAUCAUCUCAGUCUCCCGGGGAACAGUGGAAGAGGGGGGAAAGUGACACACAUUUAUGUUUUCAUCCAACUGGGCCAAGGAGAAUGGGGGUCCCACACCCAAAAGAAUGAAGACUCGACAGAACAAAGACUCGAUGUCAAUGCGGAGUGGACGGAAGAAGGAGACUCCGGGACCCCGAGAGGAGCUCAGGUCACGGGGCCGAGCCUCCCCAGGUGGCAUCAGCACUUCUAGCAGUGAUGGCAAAACUGAGAAAUCCCGGCAGACCAAUAAGAAAGGACGGGUGGAGGAGUCCUGUACCCCCAAGGGUAACAAGCAGGGCCGGAUGGAAGAGAUUUCAGAGAGUGAAGGGGAGGACAGCAAUGCCCCCAAGAAAACCAAAACUGAGGAGCUACCAUGUCCCCAGUCUCCCUCAGAUGUUGACAGCCUUGAUGGUCACAGCUUCAAUGAUGAGAUGAGCAGUGACCCACGGGACAUUGACCAGGAUAACCGGAGCACCUCGCCCAGUGUCUACAGCCCAGGCAGCGUGGAGAAUGACUCAGACUCGUCCUCUGUGCUGUCCCAAGGGCCAUCUCACUCCUACCGUCAUCCCUCACUGUUCCCCCAGAGUCCACCACCUGCGCCUCCAAUUGACAGCCUAGCCCGUCCACUCGAACCAGGUUUCAGCCUAGCAGGCGAGGUUCACCCUCAGGCCCCUGCAGGUGGCUACCACUCUCAACUUGAGACUCAGGCAUCGAGGAUUUUCCAGGCCCAGGCACCACCAGUGCCUGCCUCCUCUUCCUCUUCCUCUGCUGCACAUGCUCCUCUUUAUCCCACUGCCAGUGUGGUCCAGGGAGGCCCCAAAGCCACUACUGGAGGGGGGGGCCUCCCAGUGCCGGGAGGGCGUGAACAGACCCUUAGUGCCAAGCACAACCCACCACCCACUACUCCCAUCUCCCUGGCCUCUGUGACAGGGGGACUACCCCCUCAGAAGACUCCCCCAAGCAACCCCCUGGCAGCACCCGCAGCUUCUGCUCCCUCCUUCCCCCAUGUCACAGCCAACCUGCCUCCUCCACCAGCCCUGCGCCCACUGAAUAAUGCAUCCACCAACUCCAACUCGCCUGGGAUGGUAGGGCAGGCAUUGAGUGGGCACCUCCCAUCGCCCCACAGCAUGGGGCAGGACAAGGCACCUGCCCCACCCCCCUCACGUUACCCCUAUGCCCCCCCUCCACCCAGUUCUUCUGCUCAGUACCCUCCACCUCCCCCUGCUCAGGCCCUGCCCAGCUACAGUGCCUCCUAUGCCCACUCUUUCCCCCCACCUAGUGGCCUCUCCAUCUCCAGCCAGCCUCCCAAGUACACCCAGCCCUCUCUGCCCUCCCAGCCUGUGUGGAGCCAGGGUCCACCACCCUAUGGCCGCCCUCUGGGCAACACCAGCUCCCACCCCACUGCCUCCUUCCCUGGCCAGCCCUCCCAGCAGCCACCACAGCAGCACCACCACCAUGGCCAUGGUGCUGGAGGGGGGGUCUCCCCAGCCACAGCAGCUCCUCCCCAGCCACCUGGAGGUUACCCCCACCCCUUGGAGUCAGGCACUCAUCACCCUUCGCAUGUUGCCUAUGGACUACGUCUCUACCCACCCCACAGCCAGGCCACAUACAGCCAGGCUCCUUCAGCCUCCUCUUCCUCCUCCUCUUCUUCCUCCUCCUCCUCCUCUUCCCAGGGGACAUACCCAGGUGUCUGCGCUCACCCCCAAGGGCAGAGUCCUGCUGCCUACACCUUCCCUCCACCACCUCCACCCUCACCUGCACAUGGAGCUGGCCCACCAGUCACAUCUGCAUCUGUCACCCUCUCCACCGUCAUCGCCACCAUGGCUUCCUCCUCAGCCCCCUUCAAGACGGUGUCACCCACUGCUCCUUCCUCCACGGUGGCCCCCUAUGGGAAGCGGGCAGGCUCACCUGCCCCCACAUUCCAGCCCCCAGCUCCCUACAAGCCAGGCUCACCCACUUCUUCCUCCGCUUCAUCGUUCCGUGCAGCCACGCCCCCCGGGUACAGAAUGACCUCUUCUCCAGCGGCUGGCAGCUACAAGGCCCCUUCACCUGCUCCUACUGCCCCCCCGUUGCCAGGCAGCAUGGGAGCCCCUGCUCCCCACCUGCCACCACUACCACUGAGCGCUGCACAGAUCAAGCAAGAGCCGUCAGAGGAGUAUGAGCCCCCGGAAAGCCCAAUGCCACCAGCUCGGAGUCCUUCACCAGCCCCCAAAGUGGUGGACGUACCAAGUCAUGCCAGCCAGUCAGCCAGGUUCAACAAACACCUAGAUCGUGGCUUCAACUCCUGCUCCCGUACAGACCUUUACUUCGUGCCCCUGGAUGGCUCCAAACUUGCCAAGAAACGGGCGGAUCUAGUAGAGAAGGUCCGCAGGGAGGCUGAACAGAAGGCCCGGGAGGAGAAGGAGCGGGAGAGGGAGCGGGAGAGGGAGAAGGAGAGAGAGAGAGAAAAGGAGAGAGAAUUGGAGAGAAGUGUGAAGAUGGCUCAGGAGGGCCGGCCAGUGGAGUGCUCGUCUCUCGGCCCUGUCGCUCACCGUCCAUCCUUUGAGCAAGGCAGUGCCGUGGCUACCGUCCCGCCGUACCUGGGCCCCGACACUCCAGCUUUGCGCACGCUCAGCGAGUAUGCCCGGCCCCAUGUCAUGUCCCCCAGCAACCGCAAUCACCCCUUCUAUGUGCCACUGGGUGCUGUUGACCCUGGUCUGCUGGGCUAUAAUGUGCCAGCCAUCUACAGCAGUGAUCCAGCCACACGGGAACGGGAGCUGAGGGAACGGGAGGCCCGGGAACGAGACCUGAGGGACCGGGACCUGCGGGAGCGUCUCAAGCCUGGUUUUGAAGUCAAGCCGGCUGAGUUGGAGCAGCUCCAUGCUGUGUCUGCUGCUGCCAUGGAUCCUUUCCCGCGCCAUGGAGGGCUGGCUUUGCAAGCAGCCCCUGGCCUGCACCCUGCUUUCCCCUUCCAUCCAGGGCUGGGCCACCUGGAGCGGGAGCGGCUGGCACUUGCCACCGGCCCAGCUCUGCGUCCUGAUAUGUCAUAUGCUGAGCGACUGGCGGCUGAGCGGCAACAUGCAGAGCGGGUAGCUGCCCUGAGCAACGACCCCCUGGCUCGACUGCAGAUGCUCAAUGUGACGCCCCAUCAUCACCAGCACUCACACAUCCACUCCCAUCUCCAUCUGCACCAACAGGAUGCCAUUCAUGCAGCCUCAGCCUCUGUUCACCCCCUUAUUGACCCAUUGGCCUCGGGGUCGCAUCUCACUCGGAUCCCAUACCCAGCUGGUACCAUCCCCAACCCACUCCUUCCUCACCCACUACAUGAGAAUGAGGUGCUGCGCCACCAACUUUUCGCUGCCCCCUACAGGGACUUGCCGGGAUCCCUCUCUGCUCCCAUGUCCGCAGCUCAUCAGCUCCAGGCCAUGCAUGCACAGUCAGCAGAGCUGCAGCGUCUGGCUCUGGAGCAGCAGCAAUGGCUUCACGCCCAUCACCCUCUGCAUGGAGUGCCACUCCCUACACAGGAGGAUUAUUACAGUCACCUGAAGAAAGAAAGUGACAAACCCCUUUAAAUGGACCCCAACCCUCAGAAUGACAUCAUCAUGUCUCCCUCUCCAGAGGAGCAACCAACCAACCAACCAACCAAAUCCUGGGGGAGGGGAAGCUGUAGAGUGAUAUAUCUUGAUCCUACUCAGCACCGUGCAAGACAAGAAAGGGUGGAGAAAACAAGAUGGCCACCCUGGGAGCAAAGGCGGGGAAGGGAGAGGAGAGAAGAGAGGAAGGAAGUAAAACCAACAAAGAGCUUGGAGCACUGGCUGGACUUUGAAAGGGGCACUGAAAGAGACAAAGUUGGUGUUGCAAAGAGCUGGUGGUACAAAGAAUCAUGGGGAUUCAAAAUGGCUGCUGCUCCAGCUUCACUUUUAAAAGUUAUUUUAUACAAUUUAAAAAAAAAAUGGUGGAAAGCGUCUUGAGACUUUUCUCCAUAGGGCAGCAGCCCCUUCUGCUUCUUUGAGUGAGCAGACAUGGCCAAGAGGCAGACACUCAAACCCUGGUGGAAUUGCUUUUCCUUCUGCCCUGCCUCCCCCCCUAGUUUAAUGUAAGAUAUGGCUUAGAAGUGGAAGGCAUCAUGGGACUUUCCAAAAAUGGGCAAUGCUGCUUCCCACACUCCAAACCCUUUCAGGAGUGACGGUGGCAAAGAGACGCAAGCACCACUGGAAUUCUUCAGAAUGGACACUGUGACUUUCCCACACUACUCUUGAGGGACUGGGCCUGGCCAUGAGGUGCAAAGCACCAUGGGACUGUUUUCAAGAAGGUGGCUGUAUUUUCUCCCACCUUGAGGGAACAGACAUUGCCAGAAGGUGCAAAGCACCAUGGGAUUGUUUUUGAGAUGGUAAUAGCCCCUCUCCCUCCCAGCCCACUUGGGAGGGUUGAGGUGGUCAAGAGACACAGGAUAUCCUGGGACUGUUUUCAAGACGGUGGCUGCCCCUUUCCCUUCACCCAUUCCAAUUGAUGUACUUUAACUCAUGCGCAUCCCAUUAGAUGUGGCGGUUUUGUGUAGCAAUUUGUGACUCUCCAAUCCGUGUGUGUGUGUGCGUGUGUGUCUGAUCUCACGGUUGUAUAUCUCGAUCUGUCCUCAUAUAUAUAUUUACUUCAAACAUUAAAAAAAGCUAUGGAAAAAUA